CUUAUCGGAUUCAAAAUGAGUAUCAACAAAUUUCCAUUCGAAAUUAGACCGAUACAACCUGAACUGGAUGAAAAAAUCAAGUCACUGUUUUUAGGUGAGAAAGACGGAUCUGUGGAAAUUGGCCCAAAAAAGUAUAUAUUUAGUUCUAAGUAUGGCCAGACAGCUGAAACUAUAUACAAUUUUGAAGUGAGAUCGGACGAUGUGUGGAUUGUUACAUUUCCCAGGUCAGGUACUACGCUGAUGCAAGAGAUGGCAUGGUUGAUACUGAAUGAGGAUUACGAUACUGCGAAGAAAGUUUCACUUUUUAAAAGGUUUCCCUUUCUUGAGUUAUCAACAUUGAUAUCAGACCAUCUUAUGGCAGAAAUAACAGAGGAUAUAGUGAAUGACAAAAAAAUAUGGGAAGAAUACAAAGAGUCAUUGAAGCCCCGCUGGGAAAUUUUAGAAAAUACAGUCGGUAGGAGGUUCAUAAAAAGCCAUUUGCCCUUGUCGCUGUUACCUCCGACGCUGCUCACAUCCGGAGCAAAGGUAGUUUAUAUUGCACGAAAUCCAAAAAAUGCUGCUAUAUCGAGGUAUCAUCAAGACCGCUCGUUAGGGAUAGCCAACUAUGUGGGAAAUUUUGAUCAGUACUGGGACCUCUUUGAAAAAAACUUAGUAUAUUUCACACCAUAUUGGGAACAUUUAGAAGAAGCAUGGCAGCAAAGAAGUAACAAAAAUCUUUUGUUCUUCUUCUACGAGGAUGUGGUAAAGGAUUAUAAGAAGGCUAUUGUGGAACUGUCGAAUUUUUUGGAAAAAACCAUGAACGAAGAACAAAUAUCGAAGCUAGCAGACUACCUGCGCAUAGAUAAUUUUCGUAACACAAAUCUACAACAAACAAACACUAUGGUAAAGCUUAUAAGUUUGAGAGGUCCCUACCAACAUGUUAGAACGGGAAAAUCCGGUGACUGGAAUGACUAUUUCACCCAGGAGCUUGACGCAAGAGCAAACAAGUGGACAGAAGAAAAUUAUAAAAAUACUACAUUAAGAUUUCCAGUAAAAUUGUAUUGUUUCGAAAUGGGUUCUAUAAAAUUUCCAUAUUUAAUUGAACCACAAGACCCAGCAGUGGACAAGAAACUGAAAGCUCUGUUUUUAGGACAGCGGAAUAUUUCAGUAACAAUAGGACCGAAAAGGUUUGUGCACAGGCUCGAAUAUGGGUUGGUUGCUGAAAGAAUAUAUAACUUUGAAGUCCGGCCAAGUGACGUGUGGGUUGUUACAUAUCCGAGAUCAGGUACUACCUUAACACAGGAAAUGGUAUGGUUGAUUUUAAACAACGAUUAUGAAACAGCUGCCGAAGUUGUACUUAACGAAAGAUUUCCUUUCUUGGAAUUUUCAACUUUUGUGUCCGACGGACUUAUAGCAGAAGUGAAGAAUGAAAUUGGCGACGAUAAAGAAAAAUUGUCAAGAUUUCUGAAAAUUAUAGAACCACAAUGGGAAGUCUUGGAAAGAACUGAUGGUCGCAGAUAUAUUAAGACUCAUUUACCACUGUCUCUAUUACCUCCUGAGCUCUUCACAUCAGGAGCAAAGGUGAUUUAUAUUGCACGCAACCCCAAAAAUGUAGUUAUAUCAGCUUACAAUCAACACAUAGCACUUAGGGUCAGACACUUUAUAGGCGACUUUGAAACCUACUGGGAUCUAUUUGAAAACAACUUAAUGCCAGGUACACCUUACUGGGAACAUGUAGAGGAAGGAUGGAAGCACAGGCAGGACAAAAAUUUUCUUUUCCUGUUCUAUGAAGACAUAAUUAGGGAUUACAAAAAGGCCGUGACUGAGCUGUCAAAUUUCCUAGAGACACCAAUGAGCAACGAGCAGACAUCAAAACUGGCUGAUUACCUACACAUAGACAAUUUUCGCAAAAAUCAGCAGACAACGAACAACUACGGGGAGUUCUUCAGCGUCAAAGGUCCAUAUCAACAUGUUAGAGUAGGACAGUCUGGUAAUUGGAAUGAAUAUUUUACAGGACGACUUAAGGAGAGAGCGAACAAGUGGAUAAGAGAACAUUAUAAGAGCACAACAUUGAGAUUUCCAAUUGAUUUAGACUUGCAGUCUUAAAUAAUCGAGAAUAUCUAGUGGGACCCGUUAGAUAAUAGUAUUCUGCCCCCUCGCCUUACAAGUCCUCGAUCUAUGGGCUAAUCCUUGCAGUUCAAUUAGAAUAAUAAAUAAAUUGUAAUUACUAUUAUCUAAGAUCAAAACUGUUUAAUAGGUACCAGUGCUGUAAACAACCAGUAAAGUUUAAGAAAAUAAAAGGUAGAAUAAAGUAUAUUAACAA